AUGGCUGCGGGCUCGUCCGCGGUGUGGGCCGCGCAACACCCCGCCUGCAGCGGCGGCAAGUUCCACCACCUGUCGCCGUCCCACUCCCACUGCCGCCCGCGCCGCGCCCUCCAGACGCCGCCCGCGCUCCCCGCGAGACGGAGCGGCGCCUCCCCGCCGCGCGCCAGCCUCGCCGCCGCCGCGCCUGCGGUGGCGGUGAGGACGGCUUCGGAGGAGGCCGUGUACGAGGUGGUGCUGCGGCAGGCGGCACUCGUGGAGGCCGCGACGCCACAGAGGCGCCGGACGCGGCAGCCGAGGUGGGCGGAGGAAGAGGAGGAGGAGAGGGUCCUCGGCUGGGGCCUCCUCGGCGACGCCUACGACCGCUGCGGCGAGGUCUGCGCCGAGUACGCCAAGACCUUUUACCUCGGCACGCAGCUCAUGACUCCUGAGCGGCGCAAAGCCGUCUGGGCGAUCUACGUGUGGUGCAGAAGAACUGACGAGCUAGUGGACGGUCCCAACGCGUCCUACAUCACGCCGACCGCUCUCGACCGCUGGGAGAAGCGGCUGGAGGAUCUCUUUGAGGGCCGCCCGUACGACAUGUACGACGCCGCGCUCUCGGACACUGUGUCCAAGUUCCCCGUCGAUAUCCAGCCGUUCAAAGACAUGGUCCAAGGAAUGAGGCUGGACCUGUGGAAGUCGAGGUACAUGACCUUCGACGAGCUCUACCUCUACUGCUACUACGUCGCCGGCACCGUCGGCCUCAUGACGGUGCCUGUCAUGGGCAUCGCUCCCGACUCCAAGGCCUCGACCGAGAGCGUGUACAAUGCUGCUCUGGCUCUCGGCAUCGCUAACCAGCUGACGAAUAUUCUCAGAGACGUGGGCGAAGAUGCGAGGAGGGGGAGAAUAUACCUUCCGUUGGACGAGCUUGCGCAGGCAGGUCUCACGGAAGAGGACAUAUUCAGAGGGAAAGUGACCGGCAAGUGGAGGAGGUUCAUGAAGGGCCAGAUCCAGCGUGCCAGGCUCUUCUUUGAUGAGGCGGAGAAGGGCGUCACCCAUCUCGACUCUGCUAGCAGAUGGCCGGUGCUCGCGUCUCUGUGGCUGUACAGGCAGAUCCUUGAUGCCAUUGAGGCAAACGACUACAACAACUUCACCAAGCGUGCGUACGUCGGCAAGGCCAAGAAGCUGCUGUCGUUACCGCUUGCAUAUGCAAGGGCUGCGGUUGCACCAUGAACCAUCCGUAGAUCACAUC